AGAAUAGAAUAGAAUAGAAUAGAUUAGAGAGAGCUCCAAUUACAAUUUCAAUUUCAUUUCAAAAAUUAUUAUUAUUAGAGCAAUGAGCGCGACGCAACUGUUUCACACGGCGCUGCCACCGUCGCUCACACCUUGUUGCCGAUGUAGCAACAACAUCCGCGUAACCGCCACCGCACUGGGGCUGAAGCAUGGGUGGAUCCUCCCAAGCACGAAGAAAGCGGUUGUUGGUUCAAGAAUAGUAAAGUGUAUGGCGAAUCCAAAGAGAGUUAAAAUGGUGGCUAAACAAAUUAGGAGAGAACUUUCUGAAAUGCUUAUCUCCGAUAAUGUCUUGCUGUUUGCCAUUCUUCCAGAAGCUUCCUUCGGUGCCGAUAGAUACCUCUCGUCUGUCACCACCAUCACCGACGUCGAAAUCACCGCCGAUUUACAGUUAGUUAAGGUGUAUGUAUCGGUUUUUGGAGAUGAAAGAGGGAAGCAAGUAGCUAUGGCUGGGUUGAAGUCAAAGGCUAAAUAUGUUCGGAGUCAGUUGGGGAAGCGAAUGAAGUUGCGGUUAACUCCUGAGAUACGCUUUUUUGAGGAUGAAUCUAUUGAAAGAGGAAGCAGGGUCAUUGCAAUAUUAGAUGAAAUUAAGAAUGAGAAUAGUGGAACAACUCAAAGCGUGGAACAGUUGGAUUCAUUGGCAAACGAAGAUGAAAUUGAGCAGUUGAAUUCAUCGGCAGAUGAGGAUGACGAUGACUGGGAUGAUGAAGACCCUGAUGAAGAAGGUAUCAUUUAUGUGGAAUAGCUAUCUCCCAGAGCAUCAGUAUUGUGCCUGUUAGAUAUGGAGAUGGAGAGACCAUUCAGUGUUGUGCAGGGAAACACUUCAUUCCAAUGCUGUCCUUGCUAAUUAGUUAAGUGACUAGACUAUCCGAACACAAAACUCUGCCAUGUCAGCAGAUUUUCCCCAACUAAGGUAAACCAGUGUUAGGGCUUUAUCUCCAAAAAUGGUGUAACCUAGGAUGAGAGUAUAUAUUUCAACCUUGCUUUACUUGAUCUCUGUAAAUUGUAUUUUAAUGUUUGCCUGUGUGGAGAAAGCUAGUCAUAUAAACUAUACCAUAGUCCACGAUACCAA